ACUUUUCUUAUCAGCGAGUGAAUGUUGUGUUGUCAUAAUAUUUCAUCAAAGUGAAAACGAAUAUUGUUUCUAGUUUGUAUUAUUAUUAAGUAUACAACUAUAAUUUCGAAUAAUGGCAGAAGCAGUAAAAGAGAAAGAGGAAAACCCGUUGGAUAUAGACGGAAGCAACUUCAAUCCUGACAUGUAUUUAGAUGUUCUCCUCAAAUGUGCUACAUUGAAGCAGGUAAUGGACAAGGAGGCUGAAAUAGUCACCCAGAGCCAGUUCCUACAGUCAGAAAUGCAAACGUUAGUAUAUGAGAACUAUAACAAGUUCAUCUCCGCGACGGAAACUGUGCGAAAAAUGAGAACUGAUUUUAAAAUAAUGCAAGAAGAAAUGAACAAACUGAGCGAAAACAUGAACAAAAUUACUACAUUUAGCGCCCAGAUAUCUGAUUCGUUGAGAGAAAGUGGAAACAAUGUCAGCAGAUUGUGUGGAACAAGACAAUUGUUGGAUAAACUUCAGUUCUUAUUCUUGUUGCCUUCCCAACUGAACAAAGCUAUUGAGGAGGGCAGGUAUGCUGAUGCAGUUCACGAUUACACUCAUGCUCAACGAGUAUUACAAAAGUAUGGCAACCAGCCUUCAUUCCAAAGCAUUCAGACUGAGUGUUCUGAAAUCAUCUAUGGUCUAAAGAAGACCUUACGAGAAAGACUGCUAAGUCCUGACACCUCAGCCUCUGAACUGGCUGAAAGUGUUGGCUUAUUGAGACAACUCCAAGAAACAGACUCUUCUUUACAAGAUAUCUUCCUAAGUUGUUCGGAGAGUCGGCUUGACCAGCACUUACAGGCAUUAAGUGGGAUGGUUGAAAGUACUGAUAUCCUGGAGUGGGUUGAAAAAUGCAAUAACACUCUCUUAGCUGACCUUGGAAUUAUUAUAUCUUGUUACCAUGAUAUGUUUCAAGAUAAAGAGAGUACUAACAUUCCAGAUUUUGCAGACAAAAUCAUGUUACAAGUAUUCCACCUGUUUGAAGAAGUUGUCAAGAAACCAGAUAAUAUUGGAACAGAAAUUUUGAUCAGAGGACUAGACAAGUUCUUUAGAAAGUUACAGGCAAUGACAGAGAUCAUUUCUAGUGACACCAUGUCUAACAAAGCAAUAGAUGUAGUAAUACAGUGCAUCAAUCAUAAGGCUACCAUACAGUAUCAGUCAAUUCAAUCCCAAUUUAAAGAUAGCUUGACAAAAGUGAGACAGUCUUUAGCAAGUAAAGGCACAGACACCACUGACUUGAAGGACAUAUUGAAUUCACUCCAAGUAUACUUAAUGCAGAAAGUCCAAGCAUCAUUACUGGACCUCAUGGCCUUCUUACAAAAUAAUCUCUCCUUUGGUCUGAAACCAUGGUGUGCUACAGCUGUAGCCGACACAUGUUGGAAAGUAAUUUCUGAAACCAUGAUCAAUUUGUCCGAUAUGGUGAAGAAGAUGGCGUGCCUACAAACAUCAAAUAACAACAUUCCCUUUGAGUUACUAUUAAUAUUAGCUAAAUUAUGUUUAGAAAUGCAAGAGAGUGGUGUUUCAACAUUGCACACUCACUUGCUUAAGCUUUUAGAAGAAUCUGCUCCAGGGUUAGCAGUACAGAAUAAGGACACAAACAGUGUGAUGGUACACCUCUCUACAGCUGCACAAGCUGCUCUGGAUUCUGAGGUGGUAUUUAUUGGGCAGACAGCAGCACAGAUGUUAAGAGUGUCAGUCCUGGCCAGGGAUUGGUUGAGAGCACCUGAACCGCGAGGACCGCGUGCCGUUUGUCGCCGAGUUGUGGAAACACUGGCAAGUGCAGACAGUGCUGCCUCGCAACUGUUCCCGACAAGUAUUAAACCUUCCAGCGAUUCUAGUCGUCGCACUAUCUGGUCGCGCGCUCCAUCUUCAUUCUCACCACUGAACAGAAUAUUCUCUGAGAGAAUUGAAGUAUUCAGUCCAGCUGGGGCUGACAGGGCUGCAUUAUCUAAUGGAGCUCUGAAAGUAGCCCUGAAGGCGUUAGUAGAGUGCGUGAGACUGCGCACGUUCGGCAAGCACGGCCUGCAACAGUUGCAGGUGGACGUGCACUUCCUACAGCAGAGGUUGUCUUGUAUGGGGAAUGAUGAGAGAUUACUUAAUGCUUUGCUCGAGGAUGCGCUUGCUUCCGCGCAGCUGAGAUGCGUCGACCCACAACUAAUGGAACCUAGUAUUGUAGAUAUUAUUUGUGAAAGAGGAUAAAAUCUUACUUUAACUGUAAUUAAUAUUAAAUUGAUGUAUAUUGAUAAUUUAUCUGAAUAAAAGAAACAUUAUAAUAAU